GGGCUGAUUCUCCAGGAAAUAUGUCCCAGGGUCUGUUGACAUUCAGGGAUGUGGCUGUGGACUUCUCCCAGGAGGAGUGGGAAUGCCUGGACUCUGCUCAGAAGGCUCUGUUCAUUGAUGUGAUGGUGGAGAAUUACAGCAACCUGGUCUCUGUGGAGAACUAUUGUAUAUGUGAUACUGUCCAUCAACAUGUGAAGACUGAAAGGGAGCCUUGCCACUGUCAUAAGCUCGGGAAAAUGCUUCGUGAACCCUCCAACUGUACACCUUAUAAAGGAAGUGAAAGUACAGAAAACUCUAAUAACUACAGAUGCAGUAAUCACAAGAAUGCCACUAUUGAUUCUUCAAACCCAGAUAGACAUAAAAGCAUGCACACUGGGGAAGAACCUUGCACAUCUAAAGACUGUGAGAACUCUUUAAAUUUGUAUUCCAACAUUACUCAAGAUCAGAGACUCUGCACUGAAGAGAAAGAGCACAGACAGGAAGAAUGUGAUGACCAUUUCAGCUCUGCAUACAGUCUCAUGCAACAAACAAUCUACCUUGAAGAAAAACCACACAAGUGUGGGAAAUGUGGAAAAUGUUUCAGUACUUCCUCAAGGCUCAUUAAACAUCAAAGAAUUCAUACUGGAAAGAAACCUUAUAAGUGCAACAUUUGUGGUAAAUCUUAUAACCAGUGUGCAAAUCUGAAAAUACAUCAAAGAUUUCAUACCGGGGAGAAACCUUACAAAUGCAAAGAAUGUGGAAAGUCAUUUCGUCAGUCCUCAGUACUUAAAAGCCAUCAGAAAACGCACACUGGAGAGAAGCCUUACAAAUGUAAGGAAUGUGACAAAUCCUUUGCCCACUAUUCCAGUUUCAGGACACACCAAAAAAUCCAUACCAAUGAGGAACAUUGUAGUUGUCCAGAAUGUGGCAGGAACUUUCAUCAGCUUUCACACUUUAGAAAACAUUACAGACUCCAUACUGGAGAGAAGCCUUACAAAUGCAAUGAGUGUGACAGAUCCUUUACCCACUAUUCAUCAUUAAAAUGGCACCAGAAAACUCAUUCUCCAGAGACAUAUUACAAAUGCAAAGAAUGUGGUAAGUCCUUUAUUGAAUUGUCACACCUUAAAAGACAUUACAGAAUCCAUACUGGUGAAAAGCCUUACAAAUGUGAGAUAUGUGACAAAGCCUUUACUGUGAAUUCAACUCUUAAAACACACCAGAAAAUUCAUACUGGAGAGAAACCUUACAAAUGUAAGGAAUGUGACAAAUGUUUUUCUCAUAACUCACAUCUUAGAAGACAUCAGAUUGUUCAUACAGGAGAGAGUCCGUACAGAUGUAAGGAAUGUGAUAAAUCUUUUCCUGAGUGCUCAGCUCUUAGAGAACAUGAGAAAAUUCAUUCUGGAGAGAAAACAUACAAAUGUGGAGAAUGUGACAAAUCCUUUACCCAACGUUCAUAUCUUAGAAGUCAUCAUCAGAGAGUUCACACUGGAGAGAGACCUUAUGUAUGUGAGGAAUGUGGCAAAUCUUUUACUACUUGCUCAACUCUGAGAAAACAUCAGAAAAUUCAUACUGGAGAGAAACCUUACAAAUGUAUGGAUUGUGACAAAUCCUUUAUCCAUAACUCACAUCUUAGAACACAUCAGAGAGUUCAUAGUGGAGAGAGACCUUACACUUGUAAGGAAUGUGACAAAUCUUUUACUAGGUGCUCCUACCUUAGAGCACAUCAGAAAACUCAUACUGGAGAGAAACCUUACAAAUGCAAAAACUGUGACAUGUCUUUUCUCCGGAUUUCUAGUCUUAAGAUACACCAGAAAAUCCAUACUGGAGAGAAACCUUACAAAUGCAAAGACUGUGAUGUAUCAUUUAACCAGAUUUCAAAUCUCAAAAGACAUCAGAAACUUCAUACUGGAGAGAAACCUUACAAAUGCAUAAAGUGUGGCAAAUCCUUUACUCAUAAUUCAAAUCUUAGGACACAUCAGAGAGUUCAUACUGGAGAGAAACCUUACAGAUGUCUGGAAUGUGACAAAUGUUUCACCAGGUGCUCCUAUCUUAGAGCACAUCAGAAAAUUCAUACUGGAGAGAAACCUUACAAAUGUAUGGAAUGUGAGAAGUCCUUUAUCCACCUGUCAAAUCUUAGAAGACAUCAGAGAGUUCAUACUGGAGAGAAACAUACUGUUGUAAAUAAUGUGACAUAGCAUUUAUCUGGUAUUCUAUCUGUUUACAAAUCCCAACAGUAUGCAUAAUAGAAACAUAAAGAGAAGAGACUUGUGAAAAUUUUAGUAGAGUUUUUAAAAUAAAAUUUUGCAAAUGUAAUUAUGUGAAAAGCUUUCUUUUCCCUCCCACCU